CCCUGCCUCCUCACCUGUCCCUUGCAGCUGCAGCCAGUUUGAUCCCUGGGAUUGUCCUUCAGAUGGAUCCCUGGGAUUGUCCUUCAGAUGGAUCCCUGGGAUUGUCCCUCAGAUGGAUCAGGCUCAGUGACAUCCCUGCUCCUUUCAUCCUCCCAGUGGCAUUCCAUGUGCCAGGGCUGGAUUCCCGUGUGUGUCCUGAGGCUGGGCCUCCCUCUCUGCUGAUCCCAUCUCCCUCUGCUCUGAUCCCAUCCCAGGGUCCCCAGUCGGUGGCUGGCUCAGUGUCUGGGUUGUUACUCCAAUGUUAUCCCAGUUGUUAUCCCGGUGUUAUUCUGGUGUUAUCCAGGUUUUCAUGUAGGAGUGCUCAGGUCAGUGUCCAGGUUUUUAUCCUGGUUGUUGCCCCAGUGUUAUCCCAGUCUCCAUGCAGGAGUACCCAGGUCAGUGUCCCAGUUGUUAUCCUGGUUUUUAUCCCAGUAUUACCCCGGUGUUAUCCUGGUUGUUAUCCCGGUGUUAUCCUGGUUGUUAUCCCAGUGUUAUCCCUGUCUCCAUGCAGGAGUACCCAGGUCAGUGUCCAGGUUUUUAUCCCGGUGUUAUCCUGGUGUUAUCCUGGUUGUUAUCCCAGUGUUAUCCCGGCCUCCAUGCAGAAGUACCUGGGUCAGUGUCCAGACAUUUAUCUCAGUUGUUAUCCCGGUCUCCAUGCAGGAGUACCCAGGUCAGUGUCCAGGUUUUUAUCCUGGUUUUUAUCCCAGUGUUAUCCCAGCGUUAUCCUGGUUGUUACCCCGAUGUUAUCCCAGUGUUAUCCCAGUCUCCAUGCAGGAGUACUCAGGUCAGUGUCCAGGUUUUUAUCCUGGUGUUAUCCCAGUCUCCAUGCAGGAGUACCCAGGUCAGUGUCCAGGUUUUUAUCCUGGUGUUAUCCCGUUUUUUAUCCCUGUAUUAUCCCGGUGUUAUCCGGGUUUCCAUGCAGGAGUGCCCAGGUCAGUCUCCAGGUUUUUAUCCCGGUGUUGUCCCGGUCUCCAUGCAGGAAUACCCAGGUCAGUGUCCAGGCUAUUACCUCAGUUGUUAUCCCAGUGUUAUCCUGGUGUUAUCCCGGUCUCCAUGCAGGAGUACCCAGGUCAGUGUCCAGGUUUUUAUCCUGGUUUUUAUCCCAGUUGUUAUCCCAGUGUUAUCCAGGUCUCCAUGCAGGAGUACCCAGGUCAGUGUCCAGGCUAUUAUCUCAGUUUUUAUCCCGGUGUUGUCCCGGUCUCCAUGCAGGAGCAGAUGGCCCAUUCCAGCCCGGAGCAGGUCCCAGCUGUCUGUUGAACACAGAGGAUCCACCCCAAGCCCCGUUAAUCCUUUAAAGGAACGGCUAAUCCGAUCAGCUCCAAACCCCUCCUCAUCCCAACUGCCCAAACCGUGUCCCAUGGCAGGGCCUGGAUGAACCCAGAGGUGAUUUUCCAGGCACUGCUGUUCCUCAGGGCGGGUGACACUCCUGUGGCAGCUCUUUGUGUCCCCAAGGGAGUCUGUGGUGACCCUCUGGGGCCAGGAGCUGAGCAGCAUCUGGUGCUGCAGAUGGAUGACUCCAUGGAAAAGAGCUGGAGUUAACCCUGGCAUCUCCUCUCCAAUCCCCUCAAGAACCAGGAAUUCUCCCAUCUGUGGUUGUGUCACAUGGAUUUAGGAUAAAAAAAACUCCCUUAGGAGGAGUUUCAGGGACAGCCCAAAGCACCUGACACCGUUUUUCUCAGGGUUAAAUUGAUUUUCUCCCUGCUGCUGCAUUUAUUGGAUCUUUGUGUGGGAAGAGUUGAUCUAUUCUGGAUUUAGGGAGCAGAGCUGUGUGUGAGGAGAGGAGCUGGAUCAUUAGAGCAGCUCUAAUACCCAUAAUUAUCUUAAACUUAAAUCUGUGUGAGCCUGCACGUGGCUCCUCCAGAGAUGGACACAGCACUCAGAUCAUUCAGGGGCUUAAAGCCACAGAUCCAGGAUGAUUUCAUCUGGAAAUGCUUCUUGAGGAGUUCCUUUUCCCAGUUUUGGUGAGGGUGGGAAUGGGAGGGAGAUUCUGUUGGAGCAUUGAAAUGGAUUUGGGUCUGUGUCAGCUCUGGCUCCUGAAGGGAUUCGUGGUGCUCAGGCUGAUGGAGCUCUGGGUUUAUUCCUUAUGAGAGAUGCAAUUCCAGCUCCCAAAAAAUGUCCCUUGGGAAUGCUCCCCUGCCCCCAGCGCCUGCCAGCAGGCAGAGAGUGAAUCAUGGAGUGGGGUGGGUUAGAAGAGACCCUAAAGCCCAUCCAGGGACACCUCCCUCCAUCCCAGGUGGAUCCAACCUGGCCUUGGACACUCCAGGGAUCCACAGCAAAU